AUGGUGCCCAAUCCUGACCUUGAAAUGUCUUGUGAAGCCGUACGGAAGCGGGUGGUCGGCUCGAUUCCGCAUCCAUUUCUGAAUUAUUCGAUCGCUUUUGCAAAGGAUGUGCACAAGGCCUACGAGUUCCUCGAGCUCGGCCUGGCCGCCACCUACAGUCCCGAGAAUCACUACUGCUUCUCGAUCGACUCGAAAGCGGAUCCGGAAUUCAUUCAACACUUCCGGAUGCUGGCCACCUGCCUACCGAAUGUGUAUUUGGCACCAGAGCGCCAUAACAUGAAUUCGGCCGGUGGUUUCGUGAAUCGAGCCCACCUGGACUGUCUCGAGAUUCUCAUCGAGCAGCCGAAUUGGGAAUACGCCGUUUUGCAACAAACCUACGACCUCGUGGCCCACUCGAACGAGGAGCUCAUGAACAUGUUCAAGAUCCUCAACGGUUCCAAUGAUGCGACGACUAAUUUGGUGCCCGGGAAUCGAAUAGAAUACGCGUUGAAUUGGACGGUGGAGGAGUUGAAUUUCUUCCCGAAAAAUUUCUCCUUCGGCCCAGCGCCUAAACAAAAAGCCCGUAUCGACUUCGCCAAGGGCUAUGUCCAGGCCUCCCUUUCCCGGGCAGCAGUCCAUUGGAUGACGCGCGAGGUGAACUUGACGAAAUUCGUGGAGCAGCUCAACUUUUUGAAUCACAAGGGCUACGGCGUCGACGAGCAGUUCAUCGCGACGCUGAUCAACUCGGAUACGUUGGGGAUGCCGGGCGGGUUUCAUCACAGAUGUAUUAAGAAGGGGAUUCCGACGUUUAUGACGAGAUACACAAAAUGGAGCAAACCCUGCGGCACAAAUCGGAUGCGCGCCAAUCAGUGCGUGUGGGGCGUCGAGGAUUUGGUGGCGCUCAGGAACAUCUCCCGCCGCUUCGUCAUGGUCAACAAGUUUUUGCCCGAUUUCGAUUUUGCCGGCAUUUCGUGUAUGGCGGAAAGUAUCUGGAAUCGAACCCAUUAUGGGGCGGAUCCGAUUGAUGAGGAGAAGCUGGGAAAACAUGGAAUUAAAUACUACAACGAGGUGCUAAAACAGCAGCCAAGCUUUGACGCGGAAACGUUUGACUGCAAUGUGACGUUUCCGAAA